ACCGGAAAUAAGUCUGCACCAAUACCGGAAGCGGCGGUCUGAGAUUCAGCAGGGAGCACCCGGGAGCUGCCACGUCUGAGGGAAGAGAGCGAGCAAGGGCCGGGAACAUGGUGUCGGUAAUAAACACAGUGGAUACCUCCCACGAGGACAUGAUUCAUGACGCUCAGAUGGAUUAUUAUGGCACACGACUUGCUACCUGCUCCUCUGACAGAUCAGUGAAGAUCUUUGAUGUUAAGAAUGGAGGACAGAUUCUUAUAGCUGACUUACGAGGGCAUGAGGGCCCUGUUUGGCAGGUUGCAUGGGCCCAUCCCAUGUAUGGGAAUAUUCUGGCCUCCUGUUCAUAUGACCGGAAAGUGUUGAUCUGGAAAGAAGAAAAUGGAACAUGGGAGAAAACAUACGAGUAUACAGGACAUGAUUCUUCAGUGAAUUCUGUUUGCUGGGCACCCCAUGAGUUCGGUCUGAUGUUGGCGUGCGGCAGCUCAGAUGGGGCAAUCUCUUUGCUCACUUAUACUGGAGAGUCCUGGGAAGUGACCAAGAUUAGUAAUGCGCAUACGAUUGGAUGCAACGCCGUAAGCUGGGCCCCAUCGGUAGUUCCUGGCAGCCUUGUUGAUCAGCCUUCUGGUCAGAAACCAAAUUACAUCAAGAGAUUUGUGUCUGGGGGCUGCGACAACCUGGUUAAAAUAUGGAGGGAGGAGGACGGUCAGUGGAAAGAGGACCAGAAGUUAGAAGCUCAUAGUGACUGGGUGCGGGAUGUGGCCUGGGCUCCCUCUAUUGGGCUUCCCACUAGUACUAUUGCCAGCUGCUCACAGGAUGGCAGGGUUUACAUCUGGACUUGUGAUGAUCCCGCCACCAACUGCUGGAACUCAAACCUACUCCACAAGUUCAACGAUGUAGUCUGGCAUGUGAGCUGGUCAAUCACUGCAAACAUCCUGGCUGUGUCGGGUGGUGAUAACAAGGUCACCCUGUGGAAGGAGUCUGUGGACGGACAGUGGUCUUGUAUCAGCGACGUAAACAAAGGACAGGGAGCAGUUUCUGCAGUGACAGAUGGGCAACAAAACGAGCAGUGACCUCUUCUUGGAACUUACGAAUAGAGCAUUGUGACCACAGAUCCUUUCUUUUUGUUUGGACCCAAAAGAACAAUUUGCACAUUAGAGUUGCCCUUUAAUAAUAAGGAGGAGAAUGCAAAUAAUUAACCUUUCAGGAAGCAGAGUUAUAGUUCUGAAAAUUGUUUUCAAGGAGUAUGCAGCCGUUGUUGCAAUCUGUUUCUUCUCUCUCUGGCAGAAAAUGGGUUAAGGAAUCGCCAGGGAAAAUAGAAGCAGCUAUUUUAUACAAAAAAAAAUGUUCAGCACAUCUCAUAAAUGUAUUCAAUAAGUAUCUUCCUUGUAAAACCAGUCCGUAUGAAUACAACCUCAGCCCAGAGAGCGCUGUAUUAACGGCUUUAAAACUACUCCAAAGGUAAAUAAUUUAUCACCCACUACCAGUUGACUCCUUUAAUUCAGAUUCAAUUUUUAGCCUUUUUGUGUUCAUUUCUUUUCUUAAUUAUUGAAUACAUAAUUUUGAAUAAAUAUAUAUUGAAUUAUAGAA